GACGCAGAAGAGGCUGAGCAAGGCUGGGAAUCCGGAAGCGGGUGGGCCCGGCCUCGCGGCUGAGCCCCAGCUCCCAGCCCUUCAGCCCUCCCUAAUAUUUCCAAAGAUCUGGGGCGAGGGCCCGCAGAGAACGCCGCCAGGCGUCCUCCGUAGCUGGCAGCCCAGGGCUGCGCAGGCACUGGGGACCCAUCACCCAACUCUGGGAUCCCCGUGACCCCUCACUUGGGGACGGGAGAGGGUCAGCGUUCCUGACCUGAGAAGGGGCUGGAGUCUUGGCGGCAGCAGAGAGAACUGGCCGCCUCAGUGGGUCCAUCACCCCAGGACGGGAGCUUGCCCUGGCCAGAGCAGGCGGUUUUUCUGGCACGUGAGACGGGAACCUGUCGUCGACAAAAUGAGGGUCUUCCUGCCGAUGCUGCUGGUGGUCCUUCUGGGGGUUGAGCAAGCCCACUCCCUGGUGUGCUUCUCUUGCACGGAUCAGAAAAGCAACUUCUACUGCCUGAGGCCCACCGUCUGCUCAGACUCUGACAGGUACUGCGUAACCAUAUCUGCCGCCGCGGGCCUCGGGAACAUGGUGGACUUUGGCCACAGCCUGAACAAGGGCUGCUCCCCGGUCUGCCCCGCCCCCCCCAACAUCAACCUUGGAGUGGCUUCCAUGGGCACCUACUGCUGCCAGAGCUUCCUGUGCAACAUCAGCGCGGCCGAUGGCGGGUUGCGGGCCAGCGCCACCGUGCUCGGCGCCGGGCUCCUGCUCAGCCUGCUGGCGGCUCUGCUGCGCCUGGGACCCUGACCGCGUGCGGCGCGGUGCUCGCCGACUCCCACAGCUCAGGAAGGAAAGUGCAACCCCGCCCAGCCCCUGCGACCCCUGCCUGGCCCUGCCUGCUCGGCCUCCGUCCCCGCCGCCAGGCCUGUCCCCUGCACCUGCACCUGCCCCCCGAGGGCCAGCUGCCCGCCCGUCCAGGGUCAGCGGCAGGACCUUCCGCGGGGGUCUCGGGGACACACUGCGGGGGGCGCCGCAGCGCGGGGCCUCCCGCCCUGGGUCCUGUCUGCCCCCACACAGCGGCGUGCGGGAUGUGCUUUGUGGCCCGGUGUCGUGGCAGGGGCAGCGAGCGUGCCAUGUGGGGGCGUGUCCAUGGGGUCCUGCUGGCUGUGCCUCGGGGGGCCGGGCAGAGCGGGGGCGAGCAGCCCCAGGGCCCGUCCGCGGGCAUCUCCACGUCCCACGUUGCGCUCACUUCAUCCGCGGCCGCCCGGUCCGGGCUGCCGGGCCCAGGAACCCGUGCCUGCCCCAAAUCCAGCUGUGGCCCCCACCCGCCCCCCACCCUUUGCCCCCACACCGGGGCCCCCUUCUGCUUUGGUGCCUCAAUAAACAGAU